AAAGGCGGGCGUUUCACCCAAAUCAUCCAAUGAGGUGUGGUUAUUUAUUGACCCUAUGUUUGAUUGGCUGCAGAGGACUUCCGCCGAUCUUCUCGGUGGCCGUCCGUGAGCCCGCGGUUUACAAAAGCUACCGCUGGACAAAGUGACACCGUUUACAACUAACCUUAUUUUCUUGCCUCACUAACCUGAUGGUAUGUUGUCCGAGUUGUGCGAAUGCAACUGUGACGUUACCCCGGACUAAAAGUCGUUGAAAUUGCACCGACAACACAGCAAUUUACGAAGCAAGCAGCGCGCGACUACCCAGGUUUUGUUUGUAGCCGCGGUAACGUUUAGGCUAGCAGAUGGCUAACACCAGUUAGCCGGAAAGAGGAAACGUUGGUUACCUUGUCAACAAGCGUCAACAGAAACUGCUGUUCCCUUGUAGAAGACCAGCCGCACAGUUUCUUUCUACGACUUGUGCCAUGUCGCUGUCGAUCGAAGCUCAUUUUGGGGCGAGCCAGAGCGAUAGAGUUAAAGGAGACACUAUUUGUGUGGUGCCCGACCUCGCCUGUGAUCUCCUGGAGGACGACUUGGACCUGAACAAGUCCUACCCAUGUACUCGAAAACCGUUGUACAAGAAGAGCCUUUUGGCCCUGCAGCGUCGCUACUACGAUCCUGGCUCCUUGAGCGGUGGAUUAUCGGAUAUUCGCACUUCUGUAGGACCAAGAAACCGUCAAAUGUCAAACUUAAAUUGUGGCUCCAAAGUCUGUGCUGUUUCCCCGCUGCUAGAUAAAGAGGAAAGCUUGUUUCGUCAGCUGAUUUCUGAAGAUUUUGGGCUCUCUGGAUCUCUGUCCACCCUCAACCCAAACAAAGCUUCUCUUACGAUCAACCAUAAAACCAGAGAGAUUGUGUCAGCAAAUGAACAGGCCUGCAAACUGUUAGAGUGCACCGCAAAUGAUCUUAUUGGAAAAAAGCUGCUCUCUAUCUUGAAGAAAACCAGUCAGGUCCUGGAAGAAGCAUUGGAAGAAGAUAUUCCCCUGAAGGAUGGAACUGUUGUGGCUGUGUCUGGAAAAGUGAUGGAUGUUUUGACAUCAUCUGGAGAAUUGACCGUGUCUGUGUACACGCAAAAAUGCUCACAAAACGAAGAGCACUGGCUUGUCAUGAUGGAGGUUGUGGAAAGGGUUUCAGCCUUUCUGUCUUUUACACAAGAUGGUAGUAUCCUAACCUGUGACUUGGCAUUUACUCAUCUCCAUGGAUACCAUCACCCCGACGAGUUAAAAGGGGUGUCUGUGAAGGAGCUAAUCCCCUCUUUACAAAUCCCUCUCCACAGUAAUGCAUUGCCCAAAAUGCUGAGGAUUCAGAGAGUUUGCGGUAAAAGCAGAGGGGGUGCAUCAGUCCCACUGUGUGUCAAACUUAAGGGUGCAGUAGUAUGUGGGGGAACUCAACAUCAAAACAGUGGGACUAGUUGCACCUGGCCAAUAGGUAGUCUUGAACAAUCCGAUGCAGAGGAAAACCAGGAGGGCUGUCGGCCCAACUCCUCUGUGCGCAAGUCAAACGGCUUUGACCCUGACGAACCAGGCCCUGGAGUGAAAGGGGGCAGCAUUGUCCUCUCCCCCAGGCUUGAACUGGAGUACUCUGGAACAGUUUGGGUGUUUGCUCCUCUAAGCGGUCUCCUCCUGCUCCGCCCUGAUGGCUCCAUCUGCCACAUCCACAACCGCCUGGCCCUCAGUCUCUUUGGCUACAACCAGGACGAGCUCCUGAGAAAGAGUGUCACUUUUCUGAUGCCCGGUUUCUAUGGGUGGAUGUCUGACUCUCAAGCAGAGGUGGAUAAAAGUAGAGCCUCAUUCAAAAUGUCGGAGAAAUACGACCCCUCCUCGCUGGUGGCUGGUCAUAUGUCCAUGGUGCAUCAGGCCAUUAUGGGAAGAAUCUCCUCAGGGAGGGGCCGAAUCUUCACUGGAACCAGCAGCCGGCUGGAGAAACCGGGCAGCGCUUUGUCGACACUUGCUCCUCCUGCUGUUACCUCCACAAGAGUAGUAAUGGCUGAUGACACUAUGGAGCUGAUGGAGGAGGCCGCACAGGUGGCUGUCUGCACCGGCCAGCUGGACGUUGCUGAUACCACUGAGGCGCUCCUCAAGACAUUUGCCUUGGUGGAAUCUCCGGAAGACGAGAACUACUGCCUGGUGGCCACUGGACCACCACACCGUAACAAAGACCAGCAGCUAGGGGAUGAAGUUCAUAGAAGCAAUCCACCUGCCAUCAGGGUUAUCUCAGACACCGCCACUCAGAACGGACAUGUUGUUGGCACGGAGGGUGAAACCACUCCUGACAGAGGCAAAGCCCCCCACCCAUGUGCCUCUGUCCUCCAAGACUCCAGCUUUGAGGUCAUCUCACUCGAGAGCAGGUCGUCGUCUGGCUUCUGUGAAAGGUUUGCUGGCAAUGGUGGUUCAGAUCCCGGCCUCGCACAGCAUUCUUGUUCAGCACACGUGGUACACUCAGCCAGCUGUUUCCUGGACGUUAACAGCAACGGCGAUGUGGUGACCCGGGCCCUAGCCGACCUGGAUCUGAGCCGUAGUGUAGAGGUUCUCAGUGGCAGAGGAGGCACCGACGAUAACCAACGCUCCAUGACGUCCUGUGAUACUGCCGAGCUGCUGCGUACGCCCUCCACAUGCGUGGUCGAGUCUGACCAGGAAGCUGGGAGUGGGAACGGUGUCGAGGUCAGAAGCUCAAGGGAAGAGCGAGUAGGAAAGAAGCAGGGCGACCAGGAUCAGUGGGCCGCUCUUUCUUCGAUCCAAAAAGAAAAGAGUCGAGAGUUCUGCUUGGCAGAGAACGGCGGGAUCCAGUCAAUGACGGACAUUCCUGCCACGUCUACUCCUAAGAAACAAAAGGUGAAUGGACAAAACCUAUGCGCAGACUCCACACAGAUACGGGAGGGGCGCUACGAAGGAAGCGCCUACCACAGAGAUGGCACGAGAGUAGAUGUGCAGUGUGAUGUGUGCAGGAUCAACCAGCCUGAUGGCAGCUCCGUGAUCUGUGUGUGGAUGAGUAGGCCUGGCCUGCAGGGGGCAAUACUGCAUACAGAUCGAUCGUUGCACAACCAGUCCGGAGGCAGUUUAGGAGAGAGGAUUGCUGACGCCAGUCACAGGGAGGUGAUGCGCUCCACCCUGGAUCUAGAGCACUCGCGAGCCUGUGACGGACAGUUUGAAGAAGACUACCAGCCCAUCAAGGCUGUGGGCAAAGGAGCCUUUGGUUUUGUCUGGAAAGCGAUAAGGCGCUCUGACGGAACAGAAGUAAUAGUGAAGUUCAUUAAGAAGGCCAGGAUUAUAAAGGACUGCUGGGUAGAUGAUCCCACGCUGGGACAAGUCAGCCAGGAGAUUGCCAUCCUGACACGAGUACAGCACCACAACAUAGUCAAGGUGCUGGAGGUGUUUGAGAAUGGGAGUUACUUUCAGAUGGUGAUGGAGAAAAAUGGAGAUGACUUGGACCUUUUUGAGUUCAUAGACAUGCAGCCAAGGCUGGAUGAGCCCUUAGCCAGCUACAUCUACAGACAGCUGGUGGCCGCUGUCUUUUAUUUGAGGACUAAAAACAUCCUUCACAGGGACAUAAAAGACGAGAACAUCAUCAUUGACAAAUGUUUCCACAUUCGACUGAUAGACUUCGGCUCUGCUGCCAUGAUGGCUCCCAAGAAGCUCUUUUACAAUUUCUGCGGCACAUUGGAGUACUGUUCCCCAGAAGUGCUUCGGGGAAAUCCCUAUGAGGGUCCAGAGCUGGAGAUGUGGUCUCUUGGUGUGUUGCUGUACACUCUGCUAUUUAGUGAGAACCCUUUCUGUGGCGUUGAUGAGAUCCUGGAUGCUAAACUCAAGCUCCCGUUCCCCGUCUCACCAGACCUUCAUGCGGUGUUAAGCGGACUGCUGCACCCUGAUCUCGCUCAGAGAAUGACUCUGGAUCAGCUGCUGCUGCAGACCUGGAUCAGCCAGCCCAUUUCACUGGCAGAGUACAGCUGGUCAGAGGUGGUCCCUCCCACUCAGACCUACUACUCACCACAGCACCUGGAGCCCAAUCCUAAGGCGUUCAUCGAGCGAGGCUUGUUCCCAGAUGAACAUGACGAGACUCUUCCUGAUGAUGAUGAUGAUGAUGAAGAUGAUCGGUUGUCAAUGGUGGCCUUGGAAACAGAACUUCAGAAAUACCUCCAUGAGGAUUAAAGAGUGAAUUUGUGUCCAACCAGCCACCCAACAUUAAAUGUGCAGCAGUACAAAGAGGCCAUGGUGCCAAGUAAGAAACUGCCAGCUUGUCUUAGUCCAAGGAACAAAUCAAUCACUACCUAAUGUUCAGGUGUUUUUCAAAGACGAAUAGACCUUUGCUUUUAAUACAUUUAGACAGCUUUCUAACAAGAUAGAUAGAUAUAGUUAUCAAGCUGUUGAGCAAAUGCUUUAUCAUGGUUUCAUUUUUAAUAUGUAUUUUAUUUAUUCUGUGGAUUUAUUGAUUUAAGGAAAAUCUGAUCUAGCUUUGACAUCAAAACUAGGAAGCGACCACAACCUUGAGUUGUUUACCUCAGAAAAACCACACAGAUUUUUAGUUUGAUUGAAGCUAAAGGGAAUUGUUUUUAUUUGGUGAAUGAUUUUAAUCUUGAGUGUUUUAAUUAACACUGUAAGUAUAUUUACAUUUUAUUUAUUUAAUUUACUAUACAUAAAUAAAUAUUUGACUGUUUCACUUCUCUUUUUAUUAUGAAGGAAUUGUCUGUUCAUCAAAACUGGCAAAUGUGUCAUGCAAAGAUCUUAAAUGUAUUUUAAAUCUAUGUUAACACAGUCUUUAAUUAUUUAAUUGCAAGACAUAAAUGCACAUUGCGGUUUCUAUCAUUGUGAUGUAUCCGAUAUGUUGGCAGCUGCUGCUUGGUGUGAAUGAUUCGAACAGAUAUCUAAAAUAAAAAUGUAUUUUAUGUCAAAUCAGAAAACUUCCUUGUAUUGCCAAUAUUGUAUGAAUGCUUGAUUUAAUUAUUGUUAAACAUUUAACCAGCAAUAGUUCCCUUGGCUUAUGAUAUACCUAUACCUAA